AAAGCUGCAGCGGUGGAAAUGGCGGCGGCGGAGGAUCCGAGCCUGAGAGAAGCUCAGAGACAAUACCUGGACUUCCUGGAUGAUGAGCAAGACCAGGGGAUUUACCAAAGUAAGGUGAGGGACAUGAUCAAUGACAACUUGUACCGACUGAUUGUCAACAUCAAUGACCUACGUAGAAAGAAUGAAAAAAGAGCAGCAGAACUGCUGAGCAAUUCCUUUGAAGAACUCUUGGCCUUCCAGCGAGCGCUGAAGGACUUUGUUGCCUCAAUUGAUGCCACCUAUGCCAAACAGUUUGAGGAUUUUUACGUCGGACUGGAAGGCAGCUUCGGAUCUAACCACGUCAGCCCACGAACCUUGACCUCUAGGUUUCUCAGCAAUGUUGUGUGUGUGGAGGGAAUUGUGAUCAAAUGUUCACUAGUGCGUCCCAAAGUGGUCCGUAGUGUUCAUUACUGUCCAGCUACAAAAAAAACCAUUGAACGCAAGUACACAGAUAUGACAUCGCUUGAAGCCUUCCCCUCCAGUGCUAUUUACCCAACAAAGGAUGAAGAGAACAAUCCCUUGGAAACAGAAUUUGGACUGUCCUCUUACAAAGACCAUCAAACGAUAACCAUUCAAGAGAUGCCAGAGAAGGCUCCUGCUGGCCAGCUGCCCCGCUCAGUCGAUGUUAUUCUGGACAAUGACCUGGUGGAUGUGGUGAAGCCAGGGGACCGAGUUCAGGUCAUAGGCACCUACCGCUGUCUGCCUGGAAAAAAGAAUGGCUACACCUCAGGAACCUUCAGGACAAUCCUGAUCGCGUGUAACGUUAAGAUGAUGAGCAAGGAGGUUUCGCCAAUGUUUUCUGCGGAUGAUGUGGCCAAAAUCAAGAAAUUUAGUAAAUCUCGGUCCAAGGACAUCUUUGAGCAGCUCGCUAGGUCCCUGGCCCCCAGUAUUCAUGGGCACGAGUACAUCAAGAAGGCGAUUCUCUGCUUGUUGCUGGGUGGAUCAGAGAAAGUCCUCGAGAAUGGGAGCAGGAUUCGUGGUGACAUCAAUGUCCUGUUAAUAGGUGAUCCAUCAGUGGCUAAAUCCCAGCUCCUGCGUUACGUACUCUUCAGUGCUCCACGUGCUAUCCCAACCACUGGCCGAGGCUCCACUGGUGUGGGUUUGACUGCUGCAGUCACCACUGACCAAGAAACUGGAGAGCGGCGGUUGGAGGCUGGAGCGAUGGUUUUGGCAGACCGAGGGGUGGUCUGCAUAGACGAGUUUGACAAGAUGUCUGAUUUGGACCGUACGGCCAUCCAUGAAGUGAUGGAGCAGGGCCGUGUGACCAUUGCGAAAGCAGGCAUUCAUGCCAGGCUGAAUGCCAGGUGCAGUGUGCUGGCUGCAGCUAAUCCUGUUUAUGGAAAGUACAACCAGUACAAAACUCCGAUGGAGAACAUUGGCCUCCAGGAUUCCCUGCUCUCUCGUUUUGACCUGCUUUUCAUUAUGCUGGAUCAAAUGGAUCCAGAACAGGACCGAGCGGUUUCUGAGCACGUGCUGCGAAUGCACAGGUAUCGAGCUACAGGGGAACAGGAUGGUGAUGCCUUACCCCUGGGCAGUGCAGUUGAUAUUCUGGCAACAGAGGAUCCUGAUGCCAUUCACGAAGAGGAGCAGGAGCUCCAGAUUUAUGAAAAACACGACAACCUUUUACAUGGAGCCAGGAGACACAGGGAGAAGAUUGUCAGCAUGGAGUUCAUGCGCAAGUACAUCCACGUUGCAAAGAUUGUUAAACCUGUGCUCACUUCUGAGGCCGCAAACUACAUUGCGGAGCAAUACUCCAAUCUGCGCAAUCAGGACCAGAUGAGUUCUGAUGUUGCUCGGACUUCACCUGUCACAGCCCGAACCCUGGAGACCUUGAUCAGACUGUCAACAGCUCAUGCCAAAGCCCGUAUGAGCAAGACUAUAGACAUGCAAGAUUCAGAAGCAGCAGCUGAGCUGGUUCAGUUUGCGUACUUUAAGAAGGUUUUGGAGAAAGAGAAGAAACGUCGCAAAGAAGAGAGUGAUGUGGAAACUGAGGAGGAAGAGGUAAUCCAGGAUGAUGGAGAUAGCAAGAAGAGGAGGAAAAGUCGAGCUAAAGAUGGUGAAAGCAGGAAAAAGAGACGGGAGCUGAAGGAGGGUGAGCAGUAUGAUCCCUAUGACUUCAGUGACGCCGAGGAAGAAAGUCCUGAUGUCCUGCCACAUACUCCAAUGACCGUAGAGCCGGAGGACCAGAUGGACACCAGUGAUGAAGCUGCUAAGAAGUCUGAAUUGAGUGAGCAAAGGUUCAAACAAUUUAAAGCUGCUCUCCUGGAUGCUUUCAAGACUGCACAUGCUCAGUCCCUUGGCAUGCAGACUCUGAUGGCAUCGAUCAACAAAGGUAACGAGAUGCCAUUCUCUGAUGUGGAGGUGCAGACUGCCUUGGACAAGAUGCAGGAAGACAACCAGAUUAUGGUGUCAGAUCAGAUCAUCUUCCUGAUCUAAUGACAGUGGUGUUUGUCAACUGUGUGAGGGGCAAGUUCAUGGAGUGAAUCAGUGUCCAGCUGAAUUAAGUAUUCACCACUCUUAUUAAAGUAUAAGUGCUGUCUAAAGGAUGUCCCACAAUUUAAUGCACCCAAUCCUGUUGUAUAUAAUUCAGAUUUCAGCUGAAUGCUUCCAACCCUGGUAUCUUACCCAAUCCUUGUACACUCUCGCAUCUCAAAUUGCUUCAAUUUCAGUACGUGGGUUACUUGACCACCAUGUUGGGCACUGUUUGAAUCUUUUAAUGCUGUUGAUAGGAUGGAAGUACAGCCAGAUGCAGAGGGCACAUUAUCUUUAGCUCUGAAGAAAAAAAAAGUGCCUUUCAACAUUUGUAUGCAAGCUAAUCUCAUUAGGUUCCCAAGAACUGUUUGUGCAGUUGGAGAAGAAACUAACUUAUUAAUCUUUAAUUCAAGGUGUUAGUCUAAUGUGGAGCCCCAGAGUUCGGGGGCCAUGUGGGGUGAUUGAGUGGUAUGCAUCUUUGAAAGACUUGCAGUAGAGGUACUUCAAAAGAAAAGUUGUGUUUUCUGUUGACUAUCAGUAACUCCUGACAGAUCUGCUGUUUGGUGUGGUUGGAGGGGGCGGAGGCUGGAGUUGAUUUUAAUCGUUGUUGAACAGAGGGAUUACAUUUUGUUCCUGGUAAUUUUGCAGGUACCAAAAUUUAAUGAAAACUGGGAUUUUAGAUUGAAGUGAAUCAGGGAGUGGUGUUUGCCUCUGGGUUGCACAUGAGCUUUAAACAAUCACAAAAACACUGUUAUGAUUUGGGGUAAAUCAUAGGGAGUGGAAUGCUGUUCUCCACCUUUUGGCUUGGAAAUUACUGCAAGACUUGGCAAUACUUUCUCACUACAUUUUUAAAAAAAUAUUCAUUCAUGGGAUGUGAAUGUUUCUGGCUGGACCAGCAUUAAUCGCCCAUUCCCUUUUGCCCCUAGAGAAGAUGAUAAUGUCCUGCUGCUUUGAAUUGCUGCAGUCCCGUGUUCUGCCAGUAGAUGCACAAUGCCCUUAACACAUGGACUGCAGCAAUUCAAGAAGGCACCUCACCACCACCACCUCCAGAGCAACCGGGAUGGACAGUAAAUCCUUAUCCAGUCAGACACCCACAUGGCAAGAGAGAAAAAAUGCAUGCAGUGAGAAAAUGUCACUAACCCAUUGUAAAUUCCAAAUGAAAUAAUGGGUUAGUCAGUGGAAUCCCAUUUCCCUGGCAUUCAGACACCAUAAGAUUACAUUAAAGCAGCAUCCUAGCAAGAGGUAAUUACUCUACAGCAUCCAGUGUAAAAUGCCCUGACCUUGUUACGAUCCACUGUCAGCAAAGAUCCAGACUUGCAGGUCCAUUGAAUCCUCCGUUGAAAACUGGCAACACAUCUCCCUUUCAAGUAUUCCAUUUAACCCCAGCAACAGUUUGCUCAUGGAUUGAUAACACUUGGUUACCUCUCACUGAAGGUUGGGCAGAGAGGCAAACAAUAAGCUGUGCUGAGCUUGUGUUAUGUGCUUUUAUUUUGUUUCGAUAAUAAAGCUGAGUUUUUACUUUU